GUGAAAUUUGUAUUAUUGAUAGCAUGUUGUAAGGCGACUUCAUUAUUUUGUAGCUAAAUGCCAUUUUUUAUCGAAACGCAAAGUUGAAUACGUGAGCAAUAUAAAUAAGUCGGUGAAUGCAGUGACCAACAAAGUCAGCCGAAAGUAAAGAUAAAUAAACAUUUUUUAAACGAAGAACACUAAAUUUUCACUGUGAAUAAUGAUGACUGAAAAGUUAAAUUCUGGGCACACUAAUUUAACAAGCAAGGGGCUUAUAAAUGAUCUUCAAAUUGCUGGAAACACAAGUGACGAUAUGGGCUGGAAAUCAAAGCUGAAGCUGCCGCCAAAGGACAACCGAUUCAAAACAACUGAUGUGACCGAUACGCGUGGAAAUGAGUUUGAGGAGUUUUGCCUUAAAAGAGAACUGCUUAUGGGUAUUUUCGAGAAGGGUUGGGAGCGCCCUUCGCCAAUUCAGGAAGCAGCUAUUCCUAUAGCUUUAAGUGGAAAAGAUGUACUGGCUCGGGCCAAGAACGGUACUGGCAAAACAGGAGCCUACUGUAUCCCAGUCUUAGAACAAAUAGAUCCAACUAAGGACUACAUUCAGGCACUAGUGAUGGUUCCCACCCGAGAGUUGGCGCUACAAACUUCACAGAUAUGUAUUGAGCUGGCGAAACAUCUUGAUAUCCGGGUAAUGGUCACAACGGGAGGAACGAUUCUAAAGGAUGACAUUCUUCGUAUAUAUCAAAAAGUACAAUUAAUUAUUGCCACUCCCGGACGAAUAUUAGAUCUGAUGGACAAAAAAGUUGCUGAUAUGUCGCAUUGCAGGAUAUUAGUUUUGGAUGAGGCCGAUAAACUAUUGUCGCUUGAUUUUCAAGGCAUGCUGGAUCAUGUUAUACUAAAGUUACCAAAGGAUCCACAGAUCUUGCUAUUUUCCGCAACAUUUCCACUAACCGUCAAGAAUUUCAUGGAGAAGCAUUUACGCGAGCCUUACGAAAUAAACCUGAUGGAGGAGCUAACAUUAAAGGGUGUCACUCAGUACUACGCAUUUGUACAAGAGCGCCAGAAAGUACAUUGCUUGAAUACACUGUUUUCUAAGCUGCAGAUCAAUCAGUCUAUCAUAUUCUGUAAUUCCACGCAACGUGUUGAGUUAUUAGCUAAAAAAAUCACAGAGCUCGGCUAUUGCUGUUAUUAUAUUCACGCAAAAAUGGCCCAGGCACAUAGAAACAGAGUGUUCCACGAUUUCCGUCAAGGGCUCUGUCGGAAUCUGGUGUGCUCGGAUCUGUUUACUCGAGGAAUAGACGUUCAGGCCGUAAAUGUAGUGAUCAAUUUCGAUUUUCCCCGAAUGGCAGAGACGUACUUGCAUCGGAUUGGUCGCUCGGGACGGUUCGGUCAUUUGGGUAUUGCUAUUAAUCUAAUAACCUAUGAGGAUCGGUUUGACCUGCAUCGGAUUGAAAAAGAACUUGGUACCGAAAUAAAGCCUAUUCCGAAGGUCAUAGACCCCGCCCUUUAUGUCGCAAAUAUCGGCGCAUCCGUUGGAGAUCACAACAGCGAUCUGAACAAUUCUGCAAAUGAGGAGGGCAAUGUUAGCAAAUAAAACGGAUGAAACUGUAACACUAGGAUCUGAAGUAGAGUCUAAAUCAUGAAAUCAAUAAAAAAAGAUGAAAUAUUUCAGAGAACAAAA